AUGUCACUUGAACAGCUAUCAAUUGGUAAUGAGUUGAAGGAUUCUUACAAAGCUACUUCUAACUGGAUCAAUAAUGGGAUCAAUUUUUUAAGUGAUAUAGACCAAUUUUAUAGAGAGAGGGCACAAAUUGAAAAAGAAUAUUCAAAUAAAUUAAAAGAAUUAACCAAAAGAUAUUUUGAAAAAAAGGCUAAAGUAUCAUCAAAUUUAUCAGUUGGUGAUGAACCUCAAAUUACACCAGGAUCACUAGAGAGUGCAUCUGUUGUUUUAUGGACUGAAGUUUUAACACAAACAGAGGCAAUUGCCGAAGAGAAAUCCAAAUUUAGUCAUGAAUUAACAAUGAAAGUUGGAGAUAAUUUGGUUAGUUUAAAAGGAAAAUGUGAAAGGAUAGAAAGACAAAUUUCACUGAUUCAUGAUUACCUUGUCAGUGAAAAGAAGGGAAUUGAAGAAGAAGUAAAUAAGUCUAACAAGCAUUACAACACGUUAUGUCAAGCUGCAGAAACUGCAAGAGAUAAAAAUCAAAAAGCACCUAGUGAUAAACAUCAAAGGAAAUUUGAAGAAAAAGAAGUGGAAAUGAAUAAUGGGAAAAAUGCCUAUCUAAUAAAAAUUAAUAUAGCAAAUAGGUUAAAAGAUAAAUAUUAUUAUCAAGAUAUACCUGAAAUACUAGAUUAUUUACAAGAAUUAAAUGAAGAUAGAGUAUCAUUAUUGAAUAAAUUAUUAAGAAAUGCAAAUAUCAUAGAGAGAAAUCUGUUGGAUCGUAUAAAAGAAAGCCUUCAUACAAUAGACAAAACAAUUGAUAAAAAUAAUCCAAAAUUAGAUAUUGCAAUGUUUAUAAAACAUAAUACGAUUAAUUGGGCCGAACCUCAAGAUUUUUAUUUUAUACCUUGUUCCUUUUGGCAUGAUGAUGAAAGUUUAAUUAUUAAAGAACCAGAACUUACUGAAUUAAGAAGGAGAUUAAACUCAGCCACAAAUGAUUAUAAUAGAUUAGAAAAUGCAUGUCUUGACGUUAAACAAUCACUAGAAGAAAGUACGAAUCAAAGGAAACAGACCGAAGAAAACAUUACAUUAAAAUUUGAUGGAGGUUUACAAAAUUCAUUGACGUUAUUAAGUAAAUUUAUGAAAGAAGAUACUAAUAGAGUUAAAAAUGAAGUUGAAAUAGAAAUAAUUCAAAAUUUUGCUGGUGAUAAAGAUUUAAGUUAUACAACUCCUGUCACUCAGAAAAAAUCUAGAUUUGGAUUUUUGAAAAAGAAAACCCAUCCUAAAAACGGAGAAACACAAAAUUAUGAUGAUAAUCAAUCACUACAUACGGUUAAAACAAAUAAUUCAGUUCAUAGUGGGAUUUUUAACCUAAGAAGAAACAAAACCACGACAUCAACAUUUAGUUCAAGAACAGGUGGUGGAGAUGGAGGUUCAAUUGCUAGAGCAUUAUAUGAAUAUUCCCCUACAAGUGCAGAUGAAACAGGUAUAACAUCUGGUGAAGAAAUAGCAGUAAUAGAAUUAGAUGAUGGAUCAGGUUGGACAUUAGUUAAAAGUUCACAAGGUCAAGGAUUAGUUCCAACAUCAUAUAUAGAAAUUAUUAAACAAGUUACACCUACUACUACUACUCCCAAAAAACUGGCACCACCAACAGUAGCACCAAAAAGAGGAGCAAAAAGAGUUCAAUAUUUAGAAGCUCUUUAUGAUUAUCAAGCAGAUGGAGAUGAUGAAUUGACUAUACAUGCAGGUGAUAGAAUAAUAUUGGUUCAAGAUGAUACGGAAGGUAAUGGAUGGACUGAAGGAGAAUUAAAUGGAGUAAAAGGUAUGUUUCCGACAAGUUAUGUAAAAAAAGUUUGA